GACCAGGAGAACAGAGCGGCAGUAAACACCAUGGCGGAAGGACGCGUGAGAAGAGUGAUCCCCGAAGACCUCUCCAAUGUCGAGUUUGAGACCAGCGAAGAGGUGGAGGUCGUCCCAACCUUCGAUAACAUGGGGCUGAGAGAGGACCUCCUUCGUGGAAUUUAUGCAUAUGGGUUUGAAAAGCCAUCUGCUAUCCAACAGCGUGCUAUUCGCCCCAUUGUGAAGGGUCGUGAUGUCAUUGCACAGGCCCAGUCUGGAACGGGUAAAACCGCCACUUUUUCCAUCUCUAUCCUACAAACACUUGACAUCAAUGUCCGUGAGACACAGGUCCUUACACUCUCACCUACAAGGGAGUUGGCAGUCCAAAUUCAAAAGGUUGUUCUAGCCUUAGGAGAUUACAUGAAUGUUCAGUGUCAUGCUUGCAUUGGAGGAACCAACUUGGGGGAGGAUAUCCGCAAACUUGACUAUGGCCAGCAUGUCGUAUCUGGCACACCAGGUCGAGUGUUUGACAUGAUCAGACGCCGCACUCUCAGAACCCGUUCAAUUAAGAUGUUGGUCCUAGAUGAAGCAGAUGAAAUGUUGAACAAAGGCUUCAAGGAACAGAUCUACGAUGUUUACCGUUACCUUCCACCAGCUACUCAGGUCUGCUUGAUCUCUGCCACACUUCCCCAUGAAAUUCUUGAGAUGACUUCAAAGUUCAUGACUGAUCCCAUCCGCAUUCUUGUGAAACGUGAUGAACUGACACUGGAAGGAAUCAAGCAGUUCUUUGUGGCAGUAGAGCGCGAAGAGUGGAAAUUUGAUACUUUGUGCGACUUGUAUGAUACACUGACCAUCACCCAAGCAGUAAUCUUUUGCAACACAAAGCGUAAGGUGGACUGGCUGACAGAAAAGAUGCGAGAGGCCAAUUUCACGGUGUCUUCCAUGCACGGUGACAUGCCACAGAAAGAGCGAGAUGCCAUCAUGAAGGAGUUCCGUUCAGGCCAGAGUCGAGUACUAAUCACUACUGAUAUUUGGGCAAGAGGAAUUGAUGUACAGCAGGUAUCCUUGGUCAUUAAUUAUGACCUGCCAAACAAUCGUGAGUUGUACAUUCAUCGCAUUGGUCGAUCUGGUCGUUUUGGAAGGAAAGGUGUUGCAAUCAACUUUGUGAAGAAUGAUGAUAUUCGUAUCCUGCGAGAUAUUGAACAGUAUUACUCAACACAGAUUGAUGAAAUGCCCAUGAAUGUUGCUGAUUUAAUCUAAAUUGAAGUGGGACAGUACCUGAAAUCCAUUAUGAUAAGAUAUGUAUUUUCCAUACAUAAAAGUAUUUGUACACAGUAAAAAUACACAGUAGUUUUUCUUUAAUAUAUAGUAUUCCUUUUUUAUAGUGAAAUGAAUGGUUUCUGAUGGAUCUUGGUUAUGUAAUUUUAGAAAGAACCACAAAUUCCUUUAUGAACAUUUAUAUUAUAUUGUUUUUGUGCAUACCAAAGCUUACAUAGUUCAAUUCAGAAAGUAUGUAUUAUUCAAGUUUGGAAGAGAGAAAGCGUGAAGCAGAUGUCUUCACUCUUUGUUUAAUCACCCUUUUGUGACAUGUUACACAUUUUUAGCAUUUUUUGUACUGGAAGUGUACAAUAAAGCACUUGACUUAG